AUGGCCCAACAACGCACUCUCGUGGAAACCCCCCUGGGGCCCCGCCUCGUUGUGGAAGUCCCCCUUGGUGCUCGAUCUCUUGCAGAGAUGAGCUUGAAGGUGGCAAUCGACAACGUCAAAAUGAUCCAAAGUCUGGGCGACAUCCCUCCUUGCUACCUCGACCCGAUCCUUCAGGCUGUCAAGUCAGCCGAGCAGCUUCACAUCAUAGAGAUUAACAGUUAUGACAUCUACGAUGAGACUGAAAAGCACUGGAAACGCAUCAUCAAGAAGGACUUCCCCAUCCUCGCCAAUAGGCACGAUUACGUUCCCCAAAACCGAAAGUCGUGGCACAAGAUCUACAACAAGUACAAGCAGCUUGACAAUGAGCAGCUCGCUGCUGCUACCGAGAAGCUGAUGCAGGGGUUCGCCGUACACACCCAAGAGAAGCAGUCUCGCGCCUCCACCAUCAUCUCAGCAGAGAAAGGCGGAAAGCUACGCAAAACCAAGGCCAAAUCCGGGUUCAAUACGCCACGUUCGGAUAACAGCUUCAUCUCCAACACCAGAGCUCAACUUCGUCGAGAAGCGUUCCGCUUCAACCGCCCGACGCCGUCGGGUCAACUUCCCGUCCGGCCAAAUCAGAUCAAGAAGCCACCCCCCGCCAUGGUCGACGACCACCGCAGAAUGGCGUGUGGCAACUCAAUCCCCGAACCACCUCCGAUGAUUCGAACGCCGCGUCAGAGAUCAGCUCCAAACGCUACCGGCAGUGCCCAGAACCGCAAGGAGGGCGAGUCACGCCUCCUCCAGAUCAAGAAUGGGGGUCGACCCAAUACCGGACCUGCCAAAAAUGUUCUCAGCUUCAGCGACGACGAGGGCCCCAACGAUUCUCUGCCGAAUGAUGCUGAUCUCUUUGGCGACGCGGAUGAUGAUGAUCUUUUUGGAGACCUUGAACAGGAGAAAAAAGCUUCUUCUGCCCCAUCACCACAGAAGUCACGCCCCACGCCUCAGCCGGCCCCGACUCAAUCUUCCAAGCGCCGCCGUAUCGUUGAGGAUAUAGACACUGAGCAGCCAACCAAGCGCCCUCGCGGUUUCGAAACAACAACUACUUCUGCCUUACCGCCGCCUAACAAGGCCCCCAAUCAACCUCUUAAACCCCGCCCCAAGGGUUUGUCGGCAGCGCCGGGCAUCAACCAAGCCCCGCGUAAGAUGCCCCCCGGGUCUGCUCUCAAGGCAGCGGCCCCAAGCGCCGCGCCGCCUCGUAGGUCCUUUUCCGCUCAUACCGGGUUCUCUCAACCGCCCCGCGGCCACCCCCCGCCGGAGUCCUAG